AUGGCAGCAAUUGAGGCCUCGAAAUCUUCGACCCCAUUGCUGAAAGAUGAACUAGACAUAGUGAUUCCGACCAUCAGAAACCUGGAUUUCCUCGAAAUGUGGAGACCCUUUUUCCAGCCAUACCAUCUGAUCAUUGUUCAAGAUGGGGAUCCAUCAAAAAAAAUCAACGUCCCAGAGGGUUUUGAUUAUGAACUCUACAAUCGAAAUGAUAUCAACAAGAUUCUCGGUCCUAAGGCUUCGUGUAUUUCAUUUAAGGAUUCGGCCUGCCGAUGCUUUGGCUAUAUGGUGUCGAAGAAGAAGUAUAUCUUCACCAUUGACGAUGAUUGCUUUGUUGCUAAAGAUCCAACAGGCAAGGAAAUUAAUGCACUUGAGCAGCACAUCAAGAACCUUUUGAGCCCAUCAACUCCAUUCUUCUUCAACACUCUUUAUGAUCCUUACCGAGAUGGUGCAGAUUUUGUCCGUGGAUACCCAUUCAGUCUUCGUGAAGGUGUGCCAACUGCUGUGUCACAUGGGCUUUGGCUUAACAUCCCGGAUUAUGAUGCACCGACACAGCUUGUCAAGCCUCGUGAGAGGAACACUAGGUAUGUGGAUGCAGUUAUGACGAUACCGAAAGGGACCCUGUUCCCAAUGUGCGGCAUGAAUCUGGGAUUUAACCGUGAAUUGAUUGGCCCGGCAAUGUACUUUGGACUCAUGGGUGAUGGCCAACCAAUUGGACGCUAUGAUGACAUGUGGGCUGGCUGGUGCACCAAGGUGAUCUGCGACCACAUGGGAUUAGGAAUCAAGACAGGUCUGCCUUAUAUCUGGCACAGCAAAGCUAGCAAUCCAUUCGUGAAUCUCAAGAAAGAAUACAAGGGUAUCUACUGGCAAGAGGAGCUAAUCCCUUUUUUCCAAUCCGUAACCCUUCCAAAAGACUGCACCACUGUUCAAAAAUGUUAUCUUGAACUGGCCAAGCAAGUCAAGGCUAAGCUCGGGAAGGUGGAUGAGUACUUCAACAAGCUUGCAGAUGCAAUGGUGACUUGGAUCGAAGCGUGGGACGAGCUCAACCCAUCUACCGUAUUAGCCAAUGGCUCCACCAAGUAG